UUUCCCGUGCGAAACGCCCUGCGAGGGCGCGCGGCGGGUGUCGCCCAGCCCAAAAGGGAGAGUGGAAGAGAGAAAGAUUGCUUGUCUUCUGUGUGAGCCCAGAGUAGAGUCCUGACGGGGGAGGAGCCUGCCACCAAGUACUCACAAGUGAAGGAGCAGCCCAACCUUUGUCUUGGAUAAUUUCUAGUGGUACAGCGAUUGGGCAGACAGCCUCCUGAAGCUCUGGCACCCCUACCACAUUCUUCACCUUACGGAACAGAAGGCCUGUGGGAAACGGAUUCCUUAAAAGUGCAGGAGAGCCAGCCAUGAGAGGCUACCUCGUGGCUAUCUUCCUGAGUGCUGUCUUCCUCUAUUACGUGCUGCAUUGUAUAUUAUGGGGAACAAAUGUCUAUUGGAUGCCACCUGUGGAAAUGAAACGAAGAAAUAAGGUCCAGCUGUGUUCAUCAAAGCCAGCAUUUGCCUCUCUCCUGAGGUUUCACCAGUUUCACCCUUUUCUUUGUGCAGCUGAUUUUAAAAAGCUUGCUUCCUUGUAUGGUAGCGAUAAGUUUGAUUUGCCCUAUGGGAUAAGGACCUCAGCGGAAUAUUUUCGACUUGCUCUUUCAAAGCUGCAGAGCUGUGACCUCUUUGAUGAGUCUGACAAUAUGCCAUGUAAAAGGUGCGUGGUGGUUGGUAACGGAGGAGUUUUGAAGAACAAGACGUUAGGAGAAAGAAUUGACUCCUAUGAUGUAAUAAUAAGAAUGAAUAAUGGUCCUGUUUUAGGACACGAAGAGGAAGUUGGGAGAAGAACAACCUUCCGACUUUUUUAUCCAGAAUCUGUUUUUUCAGAUCCCAAACACAAUGAUCCUAACACCACAGCGAUUCUCACUGCUUUUAAGCCUCACGAUUUAAAGUGGCUGUGGGAAUUGUUGACGGGUGGCAAGAUAAACACUAAUGGUUUUUGGAAAAAACCAGCCUUAAACCUGAUCUAUAAACCAUAUCAAAUCAGAAUCUUAGAUCCUUUCAUUAUCAGAACAGCAGCCUAUGAACUGCUUAAUUUCCCAAAAGUGUUUCCCAAAAAUCAGAAACCCAAACACCCGACGACAGGAAUUAUUGCCAUCACCUUGGCCUUUCACAUAUGUCAUGAAGUCCACCUUGCUGGCUUUAGAUACAACUUUUCUGACCUCCAGAGCCCUUUGCACUACUAUGGGAAUGCCACCAUGUCCUUGAUGAACAAGAAUGCGUAUCACAACGUGACUGCAGAGCAGCUCUUUUUGAAGGACAUUAUAGAAAAGAACUUUGUAAUCAAUUUGACUCAAGAUUGACCCUACAGACAGAGAAGAUAAUGCUGACAGUAUUAGUUUUAUUUUUAUACUGGCAAUUUAUAGUUUAUUUUAAAAAACGUUGGAUGUACUUGUCAAGAAAUUAUGUAUAUUAAGUCUGUUGCUGCCUGGUGAUUUCAUAAUCACCAGCUUAAUUUCUGUAAAUAUAUUUAAUUUAUGAAAACCAACAUAUACUGAGUUACCAUGUCCGGCUAAAGUUGUAAUUGCAUUGUGUUUUUAAUAUUUUUAGUUUUCAUUUUAGACUUUUGAAAGGAUGUGACUUCCUAAUAAGGGGACUUAAGUUGAUGGCAACAAAUCUGAAUGCAAAAUGACAUAUUUGGCUACUAUAAAAUGGUGGGGCAUUGGCA